CUCGGAGGGGGAUGGGGAGAGCGGAGAGGCCGGCGGACCGCGAGGCAGACGGCGCGGAGGCGGAGGCGGCACCCGAGGCACCGUCUCCCGCUUCCCCGCUUGGCGCUGCGGGCCGGCCGGCCGGCCGGGCCGGGAAUCUCCUGCGAACCGGGGAGGAGCUGCCGCCACCAGGCCGGCUGAGCGUCCGGGGAGCGUGGAAGGGGGCGGGGAACGCGGGGAGCCGGGGCCGAUCCCGGCCCUUAAAGCGGCCCCCCCGCGCCCCGCGCCCCGGCAGCCUCACUUCAGAGCCGCGGCCGCAGCAGUUCAAGUUCUAUAUCUGUAACAUCAAAGUGCCAUCUCCUGAUUGGACCGUUUUCAGGAACUCGUGUCAGUUUUCGUAUCAGCUUAAAAGCAAGGGGAGAGGCGAAGCAUAGAGAGCUGCAGAUCAGACCCUCCUGAACCCCCCGGAGCAAGUGAGACCCCUGGAGAAUGCUGGCUGCCAGGCGGCUGGGGGGGUCCUUCCUCUGAGGUGGGUAGGCCGGUGUCCGUGGGACAGCUUCCUCGCUCCUGGGCCCACCAUGGCCUCCACUCUCUGGCUGGACGGCUGAUGUGACCGGUGCCCCGAGCGUGCACACUGCUGGACUGGGUGCCGUCCCAGCUACCACCUGCUCUCAGAGUCUGGGAGCAGGGCAGGUUGGUGUCCGAUGCUACCAGAAGCCAGACAGGCAGAGUGAUGGCCUCCUGCAAGCUGAGAUGGAGGUGACCUGAGGCCUCCUGGAUGUUCCUGGUGACGGGACAGCUGACAAGUUGGAACACAGGCCUGCCGGGGAGCAGUAUGCAGGAAGCUGGCUUUCAGGCCACAAAUGCUUUCACAGAGUGCAAAUUCACCUGCACCAGCGGGCAAUGCUUGUAUCUUGGUUCACUGGUCUGUAACCAACAGAACGACUGUGGGGACAACAGUGAUGAAGAAAACUGUCUCCUGGUGACUGAACAUCCACCUCCGGGCAUCUUCAGCUCGGAGCUGGAGUUCGCCCAGGUGGUCGUCGUGGUGGUGGUGGUCACGGUGAUGGUCGUGGUUGUCGUCUGCCUGCUGAACCACUACAGAGUCUCCACCCGGUCCUUUAUCCACCACCCGGGGCAGGGCCGGAGGCAGGACGGGCCGCAGCCGGAAGGGCGCCUGUGGCCUUCAGACAGAUCUGGACCUCGGCCCGCCUCGGAGAUCAUGUACGCCCCACGGUCCAGGGAUGGGGGGACUGCCCCAACCUUUCUCCAGAGGGAUCGGUUCAGCCGCUUCCAGCCCACCUACCCCUAUGUGCAGCACGAGAUCGACCUUCCCCCCACCAUCUCCCUGUCGGACGGGGAGGAGCCGCCUCCUUACCAGGGGCCCUGCACCCUGCAGCUCCGGGACCCCGAACAGCAGAUGGAACUCAACCGAGAGUCUGUGAGGGCCCCGCCCAACCGAACCAUAUUUGACAGCGAUUUGAUAGAUGUGUCUGUCUUCAGCGGGGGCCCACGCCCACCCAGCAGCAAUUCGGGCAUAAGUGCCAGCACCUGCAGCAGUAACAGGAGGAUGGAGGGGCCACCCCCGGCCUACAGCGAGGUGAUGGGCCACUGCCCGGGCGCCACUCUCUUCCACCCCCAGCACAGCAGCACGCACAGGGGGAGCAGACUGCCACUCCAGCGGGACGGCCUGCGGGGCACCGAGCUGCCCGUCCAGGGCAAGGACAGGAAGCCCGGGAACCUCGUCUGACCUGCGUGCAUACCUGACUUAAGAAAAGAGGAGGGAGGCGGUGGCACUGCCCCUCCGUCCCCAGCACAGCAAGUUCAGUAAAACAGAAUGAUUCCUUCCACAGGAGCCGCACGCAGGCUGAAAUAGUACAAACCUCCUUCAGUCUGGCCGCAAACGGUGUUCAUCUGGGGCAGUGAUGGGAAAGGGCAGGUUUUGGCAAAGGGUGGGCAUGAGAACACAAAGGGUUGCUUUGAAGACAUCAUGAAAUAAAACCCACAGAGGCAUCUGACUUGAUUAUGAAAGCAGACGCAGCAGGGGAAGAGGCCAGAAUGGCCUGUUUUACAAUUAACUGAAUACAGAGAAAAACAUUAUACAUUAUGGGGAAGAAUCACCAGUUUGCUUCCCACCCCCAACCUGUGGAACUUUUGUUUUAAAAAUAUGAUUCUAAAUUCCUGUUUUGUGUGCCAAGGUAUAAAGUGGAGAAGUCAGAUGAAUGCAAGGGGUUAAUCAGUGUUGUGAUGCUGUGUUUUAAAAGUUGCACUAUCUUCAUGUUUAAGAUAAUGAGGAAGCUUUACGCGAAGUUCUGUAUGUUGUCUUUUCACCUGUGGAUUAUAAUUAGGCCUCAUAAUAAUCUCCCCCAUAAUCAUGCAGGAAAGGGUGUCUGGGGAGGUAGCCUAACAUACGCCACUUACUUACAUUCACCAAGAAAGUCACCACACAGCAGUGAAUGCGUCACUGAGGCACCUGGAGACUCUGGAUGGAGCAGAGGAAACUCCUGCAUCCCUGGUGUGUUGAGUCCCUCCAGCCUCAGGCUGCGUGUUUCACACCUGCAUUUACACACCACGCAGUGCUGCCCUGGUCCUCCAGCAGUGCAGUUUCUGUGGUAAUUUAGAUUUUGUUCACUGUAGCAUGAAAUAUACUCAGAUAAUACGCUAUUUUAUGCAAUAGUUUAAAAUGCAAGGUGGCUAUUUUUAUACUGUUGAAACACAUGACUUAAGUGUGUUCCCGCGGUCUCUCCUUCCCUGGAUAGUAGAGUUCAGGCCUGGAUGGCUGGUCAGCAAGACUCAGCAGUUGCGUCUGUGCAGCCCGCUGCCCUGGCAUGUGCGUGACGCUGGCUGCAGAUUCUGUGUAGAAGCCCCUGGGACUGAGGAAGGGACCCAUGUGGCCAAGUGUGCGAACCAGCACCCGGGAGGAAUGCAGUGCUCAGAACCAGAUGCGCCCCCAGGGGUCACUAAGCCUCUGCAGUGGAGGCCAGAACUGGGCGGAGAGCAACUCAGAGCACAGGGUAAAAGCACAACCUGCAGCUAAAAUCAACUAGAAAACUAACCUUAAAUAUCGUAACAUUCAUUCUCACCUAAAAUAAGUAACUUCCUUCUACAGGAGCAACUGCCUUUGCUGCACCCGGGUGGGGUGCUUCUGUGCAGCCCCGGCCUGCUCUCGCAGGGACCGAGGGCUGGAGGGAUGACUUGGGACUCUGACCUGCAGUUCUGGAUGUCUGCUGUCAUGGUCUCGGAGGUGGCUGCCCGGUGAGGUGCCCUCGUGCUGCUGGCAGAAAGCUCUCAAACUGCUUUCUGCUGCUCCUUUCCGAGGCUCCUCUUGGUUGGUAGGUCCCUGGGUUUUGUUUGGAGGAUUGGAAUCUUCAUCCAUUUCACAUAGUAACAUCCACACAAGUAGUCAAUCUCUUAAAAGGAGAAGAUGGUGGUCAACAAUUGUCACUCAUGCUUCAGUCCCUGUUGAGCAGUGUGCACGCUGAGGGCCACAGCAGGAGCUCUGGGAUGGGCAGAGCCCUGGGGGCCUGACCAGAGGACCCCCACCCACCCACCAUAUCAGAUGGCCUCGACCUCAAGUCUGUGCUUAAAGGAGGCUGGGACUCUGCGUGGCGUGAGGUUUCCCCUUGUGUUGCUGGUGAAGAUGGGGAGGUGCCUGUCUUCCCCAUCUUCGGGCAGAUUAUUGGUCAGGCGUUCCCCUUAGGUGCAGAAUGAGAAGGCUGGCUGAUGGUGUCAUCAUUCCAAACCUCACCUGCACUUUUGGUAGAGUGGGUGAACACACCCAAUAGUUCUAGCUCAAAAUGAUGAGUUGUGCUCAGAAACUUAUAAAUUCCUUAGUCACUUUGCAAGUACCUGAACAUUUUGCAGAUGUUCACGGUACUGGUAAAACAAUUAUUUAAUUCAAAUAACUUUAAUCGUUCUUCAAAACCGAGACUGCUCCCUUUCGGCCACCCUAUUAGAUAAUUGCCUCUAAUGUAAAUAGUUAUUUAAUGAUGCAGACAUAUCAAACCAUGACUUGAAUGGUCUCUGAGGCUGGGCCUCUGUAAUGAAUUAGUUUAAAAGUCAAGGUCAUAAAUUGAAUUAAUAGUCAGUUUCCCUUCAACACAGGAAAAAGGUGAUUUGUAUCUCUGCUCUUUCGAAGGUUGUGGCUGACCUGGUGUGGAAAGAGGCGUGACGGUGAAGCUGCAGCUUGAUCAGUGGGGCCUGAGGGUCCAGGUUAGAAACCAGAGGGUUAGGGGAUCAGUGAGCAGUGGGUGGGAGCCGGGCUCCAUCGUCUUAGUGACUCCCUGGAUAUGAACCCCAGGCACCUUGAGUCCCACUUAUAGGAACACUCAUGUGUCUGUUGGCUUUUUCAGAAAGCCUAGUGUUCCUCAGACACUAAGGUUGUCCUUUACUACAAAAGAGAUUUUGCUAAAGAAAUUGUGCAUUUAUUGUGCUGGCCAAAAAGUUCGUUCAGGUUUUUCCAUGUUACGGAAAAACCUGAACGAACUUUUUGGCCAAACCAACACAAAGUUCUAUCUGUGACCAAAAUUCAGUGUUAAAAAAGCUUGACAAGCAUACCCUCUGUCCUCCGUACCAUAAAUACACUUGGACACACAGCCCAGACAGCAGAGGAAAAUGUGCAAAACUUGGGAAGGUUUCUCAUGAGGAUGACACUUAAGUCCACUAAUUGCAGCUGGGAGAGGACACAGGGGCCAGCAGGAAGCGGGGGGCCUUCUACCCCAGCAUAGGGACCUGUACUCAGAUGAGUGUGUCUCCAGCUUCAAAUUAUCACCCUCUUCACCUGUAUUUUAUCAUCAUAAGAAUGAGAAGGGCUCAAGGGCAAGCACUUUUCAAAAGCAGCUCAGAUCUGGAAGAAUCCGUUCAAAUCCCCGCCCUCCUCAGAACCAGUGGCUGCAUCCUGACAGGUGGGCCUGAAUCUUACCUCCACCUGCUCUUUUGUCCAGAGAGUCCUUGCAGAGACUGUCCAGGUCCACGAGCCCCUCCAAAGCAGCUUCCAUUUGCUGUUGGCCACCAGGUUCCCACACUGGUCUGGCUGCGAGGCAGCGGCUAGGGGCUGCUCCCCAAGCCUUGUGUUUGCUGUGCCAAGGCUGCUGCUUGAGGUCUGCUGCUUAGAACAGCAACAUGUUAGUGUACCAUUCAUUUUUCUUAAAAUUUCCAGAGCUGAGCAGUGUCUGUGAAGGAAAAACUGGGAAAGAUACUUGUGCUGGGCGCAGGGCCUUGCGGUGACAGCUCCCCCCCCACCACCUUGGUGGAGAAGCAGGGACCAGGCUCCCCUUCUGCAUGGUCACCUUGGUUACCAUGGCCUUGGCGAAAUGGAGAUGCAUUGGCAAGUCCUCCCCAGUGUGAGGACGCUGUGUCUAAAGGGGCCCAACAAAAGCAGAUGAAAGACCUGCUCUCACCCCGACCACAAAUGGGUCCCAGCGGCUCACCUGAAUUGUGCGAAUUCCACAGGAAUCAGGAUUUCAGCUUAGCUUAUUUUACUCCCCAAGUGCUGCAUCUUGCACAGUUCAAGUUUAUGUUCACGGCCAGGGUUAGACGGCCACUUGCUGCUCCUGCCUUCAGGCUGGCGCGCGGGGAGGGAUGCCUUGUGAGCAGCGCUGUCCUCAGUGUGUGUGAGGUGCUGGGGUGAGAGCUGUACAGAGAUGCAGAUGAUGAAGAUCCACGUCCUUUCACAGCGCUCAGCGUGGCAGUAGUUUUUAAGCGGCCAAGGUGUCUCAUGUUCUAACUUCAGCAGAUGCAGGAACCCAGCCCCCUUUGUUGUGCCUCACUCACAAUGGUGCUUUCAGUGUCUGUCAGGCGUUCAUUUGUAAGGUGCUGUAUAUAACUUGACUAUAUUACGCACAUAUCCUACCCAAUGGGUAGAACAAAACUUUGUUAAUACUGCAAUAUAAGGUAUAGAUACCAAUUUUAACAGAAAUGGCAUAGAAUUUGUGAAUGCCUAUGUGCUUUGUCCUCUUUUAUAAGGAAAUUUGCGAAUGGAUGCAUACAGAUAAAAGUCUAUGUAGUUUAUUAAUAAAUAUCAGUAUUGUAACACAAGGGAAACAAGUCUGAACAAGCAAGCACUGCCUAUGAACAACAUAUGUACAGCAAUCAGAGUUGAAUCUUUGCUGUGAAAACUUCUUAAGAAAUAAUUUUUAAAAAUCCCACAGCCUUUUGAAGCCACCAGAUGCUUAUUUUAAUCCCUUCAAUAAUGUUCAGUUGGACCAGUAUUAGUUAUAAUCAGAAAAAAAUGUGGAUUCUUCAACUUGCUUUAUGAAAAAAUAUUCUAUCUCAUGUUGUAGAAUGAAGAGGGCAAACCCAGUGAAGAGUGCUCUUUUCACUGAAAUUGCAAAACUUAGGUCAGAGUGAGCACAUUAGCCUGCAGCAGAGGACUGUGCAGUCCAGAUGCAUUUGUGACCAUCUGUCUCUCUGUGCCUUUUUGACAAACGGAAGCUGUGGAACCAAUGAAUGAACAGUAGCAUUUGCAGGAAAAAUAACUUAGGACAAACCAGUCCACUUGAGAAGACCCCAGUCUCAGAAAGAUUUCUUUUAUGGGUUAUAAUUAGCAGAUUGGCAAUCAGCCAGCCGAGUGAAUUCUUAUGUCCCGUCCCUUCCUUUUGGUGUCUCCUGGUGAUCAUGACCCCAGAAACAAACUAGGCUUUGCCACUGACCAGGGACCACGUCACACCCCCUGACUCAGCAUCUACUUACAGCUCUCUUUAGUGUCUGAUGGUGACCUCUGCAUUUAUCUUCAAAUAUUCUAAUAUUGAAAAAAGAAAAAAGAAGAGCCUAUGACAACAUUCAUUAAAACCAUGGAUGAAAUCGUGGUGUGGGCAUCCUUCCCAGUGCCGUCCACAGUUUCGUGAAAUUCUGUCCACCUGAUCCAUAUUUCCAGUUUAUUCUGUCAUCGGAGGAUGUAAAUUCUAAUAAUUCCUUGUUUUUUAUUUGUUCCGUGGUGUAUGCUUUGAUUUUGAAAAUCACGAUGGAGCUUGUCCUCCACAAAAUAAUUACUGAUUAUCCUUAAACUGAAAACACCUCUGCAGCUCUUGAUGCUAUUGGACCAGAGGUCAGCCCUUCUUUGACUGUGCUUUCCAAGGCCCACAAGAAGAUGGGGAUCUGUGUUUUCUGCGCCCAUUGCCCCCGCUGUCUGCUCACUGCCAAUGGCAGUGGCCCUGGUGGUUCAGGUCAAGGGUGGAGGCUCCUCCCUGUCAGAAAAACUUCCCCAGGCUUCACCUCUUGGGAGGACUGCUGAGCAGGAGUGUCAUCUGAGGAUGUUCUAGACUCAGAGGCACUAAAUUUGUUACCAUGUCAUGGCUUUUCUACAGGACUACUAGAGGCUUAAACUUUACUGUUAAUUAUACUGGUUCAUCUUAAUGUGCUUGCUGGUAUAUUGCUAUUCUUCAUUUCACGGCUUUCAAAAAUCACACUUUCUGAUGUAAACGCUAUUUUAAAAUAUGUACAAUACUAUUCACAGCAUUUAAUUCACUUAAUUUUCAUUAGGCUGCUUUAUAAUGAAAAAGUACAACUGUAUCUGAACUUUUCAAUAGUUGUUCACAUGAUCUAUAAUAAUCUCAAGUUGUUAAAGUCUCUUUUUCAAACAGACAUUUGUGCUUACUGUUCAACAUAAUUCCCAGUUAUACACAGAGAAAGAUUUCCAGCUGUCAUGUAUCUGCCUCUUUAACUGAGCGAGGGGAUGUAGUUCUUAGACCCAAGGUCUGUAACCGCAAUCCGGACUUUUAAAGGAAGAUGUUGCUCUAAGUGCUGUGUGUUAUGAAAUCAGCCUCUUCUGCUUGUUCUUAAUGCUGUGUUUGAACCACAGCUCAAAAUCAUUAAAAAUGAUCACU